UUGUCAAAUGCCAAAUGGUUUUUCCGUUUGAAAUGUGACAAUCUGUAAGCGAUAUAUGGAAACAAAUUACAAAUAUUAAACAAUCACAUUUGGAUAAUAUUGAAAAGAAAUAAUUUAAAGUGUAGUAAACUGAGUUAUAUAUAUUGCUGUUGGGCAUAAAUUCUGGCACUCAAUUAAUAGACAAGAAAGGCGGUUCAAUAUUGUACCAUUUUUUUAAAAUGACCACGAAUUCAAUCAGUUCCGAAAACGAGAAAGUUGAUUACAAAAACGAGGGUGAAGUAGAAACGCUGGAUUUUCCUAAGCAUCCGUUGCACAGCUGUUGGACUUUAUGGUACUUUGAAAAUGAUAAAACCAUAAGGUGGGAGUUAAAUCAACGUGAAAUAGCUUCAUUUCAAACGGUAGAAGAUUUCUGGAGCUUAUACAAUCAUAUAAAACCAGCCAGCGAAUUGAAACAAGGCACAGAUUAUUCACUUUUUAAAAAAGGGAUUACCCCUAUGUGGGAAGAUGAGGCUAAUCAAAAAGGGGGCCGAUGGUUGAUCAGCUUGGAUCGACGGCAGAGAGCCAAUGAACUGGACAAAUAUUGGUUGGAUGUCAUACUUUGUUUGAUUGGUGAAGCAUUUGACAAUUCCGAUGAAAUUUGUGGUGCAGUUGUGAAUAUUAGAUACAAAACAGAUAAAAUAGGAAUUUGGACCGCCGAUGCGGCUAAUAGCACCGCAGUCCUUGAAAUAGGAAGAAAAUUGAAAGAAAGGUUGCACAUAACAUUGCAUACAAUUUUUUAUGAAGCUCAUAAAGAUACAAAAGAUAAGACGGGUUCAAAUUCAAAAAUUUCUUAUUCCUGUUGAUGUUGUACAUGUCAUUAUAUUUAUUAUUUUACUGCGGUAGUUAAAAUUAAUUGAUACUCAAUAGUGUAGGACUCAUAUUGCACAUAUUUUUAUGUGUAACUUAAAUUGUUUUAUGGUCCAGGUCACUAGGUUUAAAUAUCUUUCAUAUCUAGACAAUGUCUUAAAUUUAAUUUGCGAUAUUACAUUUUCAGCAUUUAAAACGCUUUUUAUAAUAUUUGUAAAUUGGUUGUCAUUUUUCAUACCAUUAAAGGCAAAUUAAAUGA